UCAGGGUGAAGCUGUUGUCUUCUGGACUUAAGAGUCCACACUGCAGAUUGUCAGUUCUCAGAUUGAGAGACUGUAAUCUGUCAGAGAGAAGCUGUGAAACUUUAUCGUCAGUUCUCAGCUCCCAGUCCUCUAGUCUAAGAGAGCUGGACCUGAGUAACAACAAACUGCAGGAUUCAGCCUUGAAUUUGCUGUCGUUUGGACUGAAGAGUCCACACUGUACACUGGCAACUCUCAGGUUGAUUGGCUGUUACCUCUCAGAGAGAAGCUGUGAAGCUCUGUCCUCAGUUCUCAGCUCCCAGUCCUGUAGUCUGAGAGAGCUGGACUUGAGUUACAACAAUGUGCAGGAUUCAGGAUUGAAGCUGUUGUCUGCUGGACUGAAAAGUCCACACUGCACACUGGAAACUCUAAGGUUGAAUGGCUGUAAAAUGUCAGAAGGAAGCCAUGAAGCUCUGUCAUCAAUUCUCAGCUCCCUGUCCUGUAGUCUGAGAGAGCUGGAUUUGAGUUACAACAAUGUGCAGGAUUCAGGAAUGAAACUAUUGUCGAGUCCACACAGUAAACUGGAAACUAUAAGGUUGAGUGACUGUAAAGAGGCAGAGAGAAGCUGUGCAUCUCAGUGUUCUGCUCUCAGCUCCCAGUCCUCUAGUUUGAAAGAGCUGGACCUGAGUAAGAACCUGCUGGAUUCAAGAGUGACGUCUGCUGGACGGAAGAGUCCAGACUUUACACUGGAAACUGUCAGUCUUUCAGACAGUCUUAUCAAGAAGAAAGGCUGUCCUUCUCUGUCCUCACCUCUGAUCUCCAACCCCUCCCAUCUGAGAGAGCUGGACCUGAGCUACAAUCAUCCAGGAGACUCAGGAGUGAAGAUGGUGUCUGCUGGACUGGAGGAUCUACACAGUCUGUCAGGCAGUCUGAUCACAAAGAAAGGCGGUAAAUCUCUGGCCUCAGCUUUGAGCUCCAACCCCUCCAAUCUGAGAAAGCUGGACCUGAGCUGCAAUCAUCCAGGAGACUCAAGAGUGAAGCUGCUGUCUGCGGGACUGGAAGAAUCGCACUGCAAACAGGACACUCUCAGCAUUGACCGUGGUGGACUGCAGAGGCCAAAAUGUGGGGUCAGAAAGUAUGCCUGUGAACUGGAACUGGACACAAACACAGCAAACAGAAACCUCAAGCUGUCUGACAGCAACAGGAUGGUGACAUAUUCGACAGAGGAUCAGUCAUAUCCUGAUCAUCCAGAAAGAUUUGUCUGCCCUCAGCUGAUGUGUACAAAUCGUCUGACUGGUCUCUAUUACUGGGAGGUCAAGUGGACAGGCAUGGUUGAAAUAGCUGUGACUUACAGAGGAAUCAGAAGGAACGCACAAAGUAAUGACUGUGUGUUUGGAAUGAAUGAUCAGUCCUGGAGUCUGAGCUGCUCUGAUGUUGGUGGUUACUCUGUCUGCCACAAUAAGAGAAAAACAUCUAUCCCCUCUUCCACCUCCUCCUCUGUCUCUCACAGAGUAGGAGUGUAUGUAAACUGUCUUGCUGGCAUUCUGUCCUUCUACGAAGUCUCUCUUGGCAAACUGAUCCCCCUCCACACCUUCAACACCACAUUCACUGAUCCUGUUUAUCCUGGGUUUGGUUUCUGGUCUGGUUGUUCUGGUUCCUCAGUGUCUCUGUGUUCUCUGUAGUUUAGGGUCAGAAACACCGCAGAUUGAAGAUCAGCUGCUGAAAUCAAAGCCCACCUCUCAGCUCUGUUCAGCAUCACACACACUGUGUCUUAGACUCAAACACAAUCAUCAACAUUUUAACAGUUUACAGAGGUCAUGUUCUGCUCAUUCUCAGGUUCCUAAUGUUAUUAAGUGGUUGUACCAGAACAGGUUUACAUGGUUUAACUUUUAAACCAUAUUAUUUUCACCCUGUGUGUUGAACUCUCUGUUUUAGUAACCGAGUGAGGCAUCUCACCUCUGCCAACAAAGGCCAAUUUGACCAAUGGUAAUACAGCACCAAGGUGGUUAUCUUGGCACCCCGGGGAUGCACGGCUAACUGAGCUAACUAGCUAAGAUGCAGACAGAUAAUGUACAGUUAGUAACAGUUAGAGGUUUAACAAAAAGGAAAGCUAUCCAUCAUGAUCUUAUAUCAAUCAAGAAGCUCUGUAAAUCAUCUUUGUACUGGGUUCCCUGUUCUGGUUGUGUUUGGUGCUGUUCAUGCAGCGUUUAAACUUUGUAUCUACUCGCUCUAAAUCAUCUUCCUGAUGGCAGCACCUCAUAAUCUAUCUUCUCAAUCAAAAUAUUUUCUCAAUCAAAUAUGAUCCAUAUAGUGCAAAACAAAUCACAUCAUAUAUAUUUUGAUUUCAUGGGAAUAAGAGAUUUUAUUAUUGGAUGUUUCUCUAAAAAUACACUGAGCAGACAACGCCACUUUGAUACCAAGGUCCUUAUACUCUUGUCUUUAUUUGCGUAUUUGGUAUUGAAGUGAUCCAAAAUCAUUUCUCUCUGGAUGACAACAGCAGGUGAAACUUUAUUCUACUUUCUCAAACGUGCAAGCCAUUCUCACUGGGGCCCCUCAGAGAUGUAAGCUCACCCCAUCUUUUCACAUUAUAUACAUAUGAAUGCAGAAGCCGGUACAAAACAACUA